UAAUCAAGAAGAAGGAAAACCAGAUGAUGAGAUUGUGAUUGAGUCACCUGCUGCUCAGACUCAAGUUUUGCAAAAAGAAACACUGGAAAUGAAUGAGACACCUUCUUCUCCAAUAUCUCCAAAGAGUAUUGAGGCUCAAGUUUUUACUCCAAUUCAGAAACAGCAGACGGUAACAGAGGAAACGUAUGAGGCUACACAGCCAUUGACUGAGAUCAUUUCAGCAAACAAUAAAAAGGAGGAUACACAUGCUGUGCAUCACACACCUUCCUCUCCAUUGUCUUCACUAAUUGCACUAGUUAUUGAAGAAAAUAAGAAUGCUUUGAGUGAGACAGAAACUGCGACCCAAUAUUUUUCUACAAGUGAAGGAGAGCAUACACAAUCAAGCAGAAAGAAUCAAGCAGAAGAAUAUCUCAAGGAUACUACAGAACCUACUACUGAGCUAGUUUCCACAGAUGUUUCGAAGACACAGCCUCUUACUCCGCAAACACAGCACCUUCAGACAAGUGAGGGAGAUCAAUCCGAUGAGACACCAUCAGAGCAGAAUCAAGCAGAAGAAAAUCUCAAGGAUACUACAGAACCUACUACUGAGCUAGUUUCCACAGAUGUUUCGAAGAUGCCGCCUAUUACUCAGCAAACAGAGCAUCUUCAGACAAGUGCUAUAGAUUUUUCAGAAACAAACGAGGUUGAAGUAAGCAGGCUUCUAGCUCACUUUCAAAUAGGCGCAGAGGUUGAGAUUUUGUCUACUGAUGACGAAAUAUGGUAUCCAGGAAAGGUUGUUGAUCUUAAACUGUGUGAAGGACUAGAGGAGCUGACAGUUGAGUACACGACACUCUUCACAGACCAACAUAGACUUCAGAAACUUCAGGAUACUAUCACGGCUGACAAAAUACGUCCUGCAACACCAACUAGUGACCAAAAAUCCUUUGAGAUGAUGGAUAAGGUAGAAGCCUUUUACAACAAUGGCUGGAGCAGCGGACAAAUUAGCAUGGUACUUGGUGAUAACACAUACUCGGUGUGUCUCUAUACUUCUAUGGAAACUAUUCUAUUCAAACAUUCAGAUUUGCGAAUUCAUAGAGAAUGGAAAGAUGGAGUCUGGAAGAUGGCAGAUAAGGUGAAGCCUGAUAAGAAAAGGAAAGCUGCUGCCUCAUCACAAAAUUCAGGAAUGGAUAAUGUUUUCCUAAGAAGGAGCGAGAGGGUGCCUAAACGAUCUAGAGACACAAAAACUCCAUUCAAGUCUGACAGAAAUCCGGCUUUAACUGUAAUACCUGAGAUUAUACCUGCAGUUGAUCCGUUUUCAACUCCUGCGGAACAUAAGCUUUCAAGGCUUCAAAAUUGGAUGACAUUAAAGCCCGGCAUGCAUGAAACGUCCCUAUCAAUCAAUGAUAAUAAGAUAAGGAAAUCUUUCUUUCAAAGCAUGGAAAAUGCAAAAAAGGACCUUAAGAAAGAGCACAUUGAUGGAGCCUUUGCAAUGCUAAAUUGCAGAAGAAAUGAGAAUGCUGCUUGGUUCCACAACUACAAGAUUCCAAAGGCGUGCUUCCUACCUAUGGAGUUCUUGCAUUGCUUGCUCUCUGAUGAUUUGGCUUACAAGAAAGAAAAGGUCAAAGGUAAAAAGAUUUUCAACGAUUUAUUUAAAGAUACUGUGAGAGGGAAGGUAUAUCCAGAGAAGACAUGGGGAGAAGAUGUUGAUGUUGUGUAUGGGAUUACUCUUGGAAAAAAAAGCAAUGUCUGGAUUGGGAUGGAAAUUCAUUUGAAGAAGAAAAGAAUCACAGUAUAUGAUUGUUUUCAAAAGGAAAGCAACAGCAUUGAUAUUCCUCAAGUGAAAAAGUUGGCAGUGUUGAUUUCUAAUCUGCUGGUGGAAUCUUCUGGUGAUGAGGUAGAUAAAGUGAAGAUGAUUCCAUUUGAGAUUGAGCAGGCACAAGGUUUACCCAAGACAAAACAUCCUUUCAACUGUGGGAUAUUUCUUGUCAAGAUUCUGGAGUGCCAGUCAUUGAAGAUAGGAGACAUGACAAAGAUUAAUGAUGACAAUGCAUUGGAGCUAAGGAGAACCUUGUCUUGUGAGAUCUUCAACCAAUUUGUGGAUGAGAGCUUUGGGAAAUGAGAAUGAUGCAUGAAAACAUUUUUUGUUUUAGUUAAGACUCGGUUUUAGUUAUGACUGUUUAUUUUGUUAUGUUGUUGGCGUCUGGUUACAUAAGAAAGAUUGGAAGGAUAUCAAGUA